CGCCGGCCUGAUUAGAACUGAAAAGGAUUAACGUGCGCCGUUUGCAGUGCUGACCAUGUUCUUGCGGGGAAUGCUUCGGGCGAAUUUGGUUGCCGCUCGGCGACACCGAAAGGAGCGGUAUUCCUCAGCGAGGAGCCAGAAAGAGUCAAUGUUAGAAAGAAAGCUUCAGAAGCAAAUAUGCCAGGUUGUUCUCAAUCACUUCGAGAAACAAUACUCUGAAGAGUUGGGAGGAGCAUGGAAUUCAGUCAGGGAAGUUCUUACAACACCGCAGUACUGGCAAUAUGCAGUGCUCCUUAAUAAAUUCAGUUGCUCUUCUGAAAUGGAGUCUUACUUGUGUUUAAAGAACUAUCGCCUCCUUUUUACAAGACCUUCAUCCUCUUUUCCACAAUCAUUGAAGUGUUACAUCAGUGAUGUGCUCGGAAAAUUCCCUGCUCAGAAACACCAAGAUGGACAAUUGAAGCAGUAUUACUUGCUAAAUGCUGCCUCUCUGCUGGCAGUACUGGCUCUGGAAGUAAAAGAUGGAGAAAAAGUGUUGGAUAUGUGUGCUGCCCCAGGGGGUAAAUCAGUAGCCACACUGCAAUAUGCUUGCCCAGGGCUUUUACAGUCAAAUGAAUAUGAUUACUUGAGAUUCCAUUGGUUGAAGCAGACACUAGAAUCCUUCAUUCCAGAAUCUUUGAUGAGCCUAAUUACUGUUUCUCUGAACGAUGGAAGAGAAAUAGGAAAUCUUCAGCCUGAAAAGUUUGAUAAGAUCCUAGUGGAUGCUCCUUGCUCAAACGAUAGAAGUUGGUUAUUCUCUUCUGAUGCCCAGCAGGCUACUCUGCGUUUAGCACAAAGGAAGCUAUUAUCUGCUGUACAGAUACAAUUGCUCAGGUUUCAAGGACAGUUGUCUAAAUUUUAUCACUCAGAGAAUCAAUUUAAGCACAUAGGAAAGCUGCCUUCUGCUAUGUUGGGCUGACUGGCAACAGCUCUCUGGGGCUUCUUAUCCAGAACUAAAGAUGACAAAAAUUGAAGCUGAGAUCUUUUGAUGCAAAGUGUGCUCUCUAUAACUGAGCUACAGUCAUUUUCUUUCAAGUAAGUGUAAAAGAAAGCUGUCAGAUGGUUUUAUAUCUUUUAAGAAAUGACAGUGUGUCAGCCAAGCUGAGCGCAUUUGCAUGUUGUAGGUGCUAUUACAAAAUGGUUGCUAUGGUUGGUAUGGCAUGAUACAAAGGUUUUACCACAGAACAAGCACACUAUCAUCUUGCUGUUCAUAUAUCCUUGGCAGGCAGUCACACUUUUAACAAAACCUUGGGUUGUACUCUUCUGAUUUCCUAACUUUAGUCAGGGCUGCCUAUGGAGUCUGCAUAUUCCAAAAACAUUCUUGGAAUGAAGCUAAUGUUAUAGACUAGGCUUUGGAAUAUCUAUGUUCCCACUUGUUUACUUUAAAAGUACAGUAAAAUGUGACAGAGAGCUUGGGAACAUUAAAGUUUUUGUCUGCAUAUUUAUUGAUUCCCAUAGGCAGCAGGCUUACAGUCCCUAAUUCACUAUAUAACAAAUUCUCCAUUUUCUUUAAAUUAGUAGAUUAUUAUUACAAUCUGGCUAAAAAAAUUAUUAUUAAAAAUUGAUAAUUUAAAAAAAAAUUGAUUAGCCAAGAUGGCGCUGACGAAGACUCCCUCGGUGAAAUGCUCUCUAAUUGUUUCUUUAUUUCCUUUUAUGUACACUGAGAGCAUAUGCACCAAGACAAAUUCCUUGUGUGUCCAAUCACACUUGGCCAAUAAAAUUCUAUUCUAUUCUAUUCUAUUCUAAAAGAAGAAGAAAGAAAGGAAAAAGGAAAGGAAAUUAGAAAUUUCCUGGGCUGUAAAGCUAGCCUGGGAAACCAUAAAAUGAUGGCAAUAAAAAACAUUUAACUUAGCAUUGUUCAGAAAAUAUAUACAUACACAAAUACAUACAUACAUAAAGUCUAUGCAAGAUUUCAUAUGUUUCAUAAUCAUCAUCAUCAUCAUUUUAGCCAUUGUCUAUCCACUGCAGGAUGAAGAACUCUUCCGCAUGUUUCCAACCAAUACAGACCUCAACUUUCUUUUGCCAAUUAGACUCGCAGUACUUGCUGAUGUUAUCGAUCUAUAUUGUUUUCAUCUUUUUAUUGUGUACUAAAUGGGUAAAAAAAAAGAUAGGGUCAAGAGUGAAUAUGUUAGCAUAAUAAACACGAAUUUAAUGCAAAAAUAAGUGCCAAUAUGAAAGAAGUAUGCUGAGUCAGUGUGGUCAUAUAAAGAUAAUGCAGGGGUGAAAUCCAACAGGUUCUGACAGGUUCUGGAGAACCGGUAGCGGAAAUUUUGAGCAGUUUGGAAAACUGGCAAAUACCACCUCUGGCUGGCUCCAGAGUGGGGUGGGAAUGCAGAUUUUGCAAUAUCCUUCCCCUAGGAGUGGGGAGGGAAUAGAGAUUUUGCAGUAGGAAUGGAGAUUUUGCAGUAUCCUUCCCCUGGUGUGAGGAGCAAAUGGAGAUUUUACCAUAUCCUUCCCUUGCCACACUCACCAAGCCACACCAUGCCCACCAAGCCAUGCCCACAGAACCGGUAGUAAAAAAAUUUGAAUUCCACCACUGAGAUAAUGUAUUUAUUAAUUUAUAGAACUAAUUGGUUGCUUAUUUUAUACACAAGAAUCUUAGGCAGUUCACAACAGAUAAUAAAACAAAAGAUAAAACUGUAAUGUCACACUACACAAAGGAAUGUCACACUUCCUACCAGUGUUGUAACAUCCAUCAAAUCCACAUUUGCUGUGCUAACUCCCAUCCUAAUCCAAGGGGGAAGAGCCAAGUCUUCAAUAAAAAACUGAACUGCAGAACAAUUCUGUGAAGGAAGAAAAAAUUAAAUGAGAGGGAGAGGAUUGGUAGAACUAAUGAAAUCAAAAUGAGAAAUUAAAUAAACAGCACUGUGUGAUGUGUUUGGCUGUUGUGAAAGCAAGGAUAAAAAGAUAGUGAAUGGAGGAAUUGUGGUGCAGUAAUUGGAAUGCAGUAUUAUAAUCUAACUCUACCCACAACCGGGAGUUCGAUUCUGACUCAGCCUUCCAUCCUUCCGAGGUCAGUAAAAUGAGGAAACCUGAUAGUUGGGGAUAAUAUGCUGACAUUGUAAACUAUCCCAGAGUGUGCUAUAAAGCACUGUGGUGGUCUACAUCACUGAGGGUGGUCACUGUGGGUGGUCUACGUCAUAUUGCUAUUUCUAUACCAGUUUAUACCAGUUUUAGCAUUUUAUACCAGUUUUAGCAUUUUCUUUGUUUAUACCAGUUUUAUACCAGUUUUAGCAUUUUCUUUGUCUCAUAUCGUAUCUUCAAUCUCCUUGAAGACUUUCCAUUUAUUGUUUAUCCCUCUAUAACAAUAUUUAUUGUAAAAACAAAAAGUGUGAUGGGUAUAUAUGCAUGGCUUUAAAUACUAUUUGGAUGCUUCUAAUACAUUUGUCAUCUGGGAGGAUUAAAUACUAUGGCUGGCGUUUGGAAAUCAUACAUUAAAAAUAGAGGGGGGAAAUCUGGUCAUGUUGUGGCUCAUUGCAACUCAUCAAUGCAUUCCUGACAACUAGCCUAAUAGUCAGCCUAAUAUCCCAUAUCCUGCUUGCAGCAGGGCUACUCAAGUUUCUGACAGCACCCUACUGUUAAAUAUAAAUGCAAGUAAAUGUGAAAUUUAUUUACUUGUUCAGUAAUCAGGUUAUCAAACUGAGAUGGCAAGCAUAGGAAUGACACACUCAUUUCUCUCACCUUUCAAAGUACUGGGUACCUCCCAUACUUAAUACUGACUGGAGAUAAUUUUGCAUGAGCUCUUUCAUUACAGUCGAGAGACAUCUGUCAAAAACAGCCUGCCUGCCUGCCAGUUGAGUCCUUUUGGGAGGGGGAGGAUAAUACAGUGGGCACUGCAUCAUACACACCUACACUCAUACAUUACAGAGCCUCAUACAGUGUUCCAGAAACCCCAUAGCUCAGAGGGUCCUAUUUAGAAUGCAAUGUAGGCAGAAACUAAAAUAAAACAACUCACUACAUCAACAAAAAUGUCAUAACGUUUUCUCACGGAUGAGCUAUUCUAUGAAACUAUUUUCAGGGCAAGGGCCCAGUGUUAAAUCCAAUGAGAAAUACGAACACACAGACUCUGCAUCACACCCUGCUUAUUUAUUGAUUUUAUUUUAUUUAUUAGAAUUUGUUAAAAAUGAGAACAAGAAUAAAAGAAAAAUACAAUGACAGGGAGGAUAGGCACGUUAGUACACUUAUGCAUGCCUCCGCUACUGACCACUUUAGUAGGAAGUAAGGUCCACAGAAGUCAAUUUGCGAUUGAAACCAUGAAAAUUUGUAGCUGAGUCAACUGGAUCAGGUAGAGCAUUCCAGACUUUGACAACUCUAUUACAGAAAUCAUAUUCUUUACAGUCAAGUUUAGAACAAUAUUACAUUGUUUAAAGUGGUUGCUCAUGUGUAUUAUUGCGAUUAAAACAACAAAAAAAUCAUUUACAGGUAAAGCAUUACUAUGUAUAAUUUUGUAUGCAAUACAUAGGUCUGACCGCAAGCAACAUAGUUCUAAGUUAUCCAAACUGAGAAUUUCGAGCCUAAUAGCAUAGGGUAUUCUAUUGUAUAUAGAAGACUACAAAACUUUUCUCGUAAAAAAGUUCUGAACCUGCUCGAUUGUACAGAUGUCAGAUAUAUGAUAGCAAUUCCAAACAGUUGAGCAAUACUCUAAGAUUGGCCUAGCAUAAGUUUUAUAAGCUUUAAUUAGUAAUACGAUGUUUCCGGAAAAAAAGCUUUGCAAAAUUAAAUUUACAACUCUUAAUGCUUUUUUAGCAACGCUGUUACAAUGAACUUUGGAACAUAGGUCAUCAGAAAUAAGUACACCUAGGUCCUUGACAAAGUGAGGGUCAUCUGCUAAGAUCAAUACCACCUAGCUUAUAUUUGACAUUCUGAUUACGUUUACCAAUAUGCAAGACAGAACAUUUAUUAACUGAAAUUUGAAGUUGCCAAAUAGAUGACCAUUCAGACACAUAGUCGAGAUCACUAUGCAAAACAACAGAAUUAUCUGUAGUAUUAAAUAAUUUUACGUCAUCGGCAAACAGGACAUAAUUGCUUUUAAGUUGAUCACAUAAGUUGUUGAUAUAGAGCAAGAAAAUUGUGGGAUCUAAAGCAGAACGCCACUGUUAACACCACUGUUAACUGAUGCAGGAUUAGACAGCGAGUUCCCUAUUUUGACUUUCUGCAGUCUAUUAGACAGAAAAGCAGCAAUCCACUUGUGCAAAGGUCCAGAAAUGCCGUAAGAAUUUAAUUUCAGCCACAGCUUAUCAUGUAAUACUGUAUCAAAAGCCUUACAAAAAUCUAUGUAAAUUUCAUUUACAGCUUUACCUUGAUCAAGACACGUAGUUCAGAUGGUUUACAGUGCAAAAGUUGUAAAGUACAGAACAAGUUUUUCCUAAAGCUAAACUGUUUGUUGGAUAGCAAGUUGUUUGUUUCUAAGUGGUGAACGACGGAUUGGUUUAUAAUUGAUUUCAUAACUUUGCAUGUGGCACAGCACAAAGUGAUUGGUCUAUAAUUUUCUAUUGAACUAGUGUUACCCUUUUUAAAGAUUGGUAUAAUUAUAGCUGAUAACCAUAGAUCAGGCAGAGAACUAGUUUGAAAUGAUACUUCAAAAACUGUACACAAAGGUUCAGUUGGUCAGGAGCAAGAAAAAAGCACAUAAUACAGCAUAUAAUAUUAGCAUGCAACAAACAGGAAAAAAUAAUUAUAGAUGUAUUCAGAACAUAUGAUUCAAUUAGGUAUUUAUUAUUAAUAUUUGAUAAAUAUUUGAUCUUAAAUACUGAACACUGGUUCAGUAUUCCACAAACAACAGUGGGAUAGUAUUCAAGACAGUAAUACACGAGCAAACAAUCAAUACAAAUUCAAGGUAAACUACUUCAAACUCGAUUGCAGAAAAUAUGACUUCAGCAACAGAGUAGUCAACGCCUGGAAUGCUCUAUCUGA